UUUGCCAAACACACCCCAUUCUUCCUUCCUCUAAACUAUUCUUCAGUUCACUCCCCGCCUCAACCAAACGAGCGACAGCAAAAUGGAAGAGCUCAAACCAGUGAACAGCCACCACCAAAACGACGACGUAGAUACCGAAAACGAAGACGACAAACCAAUGCUGAGCUCGCAAGCUCUAGCGGCUCUACAAGAAUUCCUCGCUGAGCAAAACCAAAACCUAGAAGCCGAAACUCCAGAGUCGGAAUCACAUACCGUCGCCUUGGUGUCGGAAAACUGGCGGCUGAGCCAGUUCUGGUACGACGCCGUAACGGCUGAAACUAUUGCGAGCGAAGUCGUCUCUCUUUGCUCGAACUCCGAUUCGCGUGUCGCUUGCAUUGCCUGUCCCACGCUCUACGCCUAUUUAAAGAAAAUUGGACCGAAUGUGGCGGCGCAAAUCCUUGAAUACGACGAGCGGUUUGAGCAAUACGGCAGUGAUUUUACGUUUUAUGAUUAUAAUCAGCCGGAAGAUUUGCCGUUGGAGCUGAAGCAUGCAUUUAGUGUUGUGAUUGCGGAUCCUCCUUACCUGAGCAAGGAGUGUUUGGAGAAAAUUACUCAGACAGUUUCUUUUCUCGCAAGACCUGGGGACUCUUUCGUGCUUCUACUCACAGGUGAAGUGCAGAAGGAUAGAGCGGCCAAGCUCUUAGGUUUGCGUCCAUGUGGUUUUAGACCUCGACAUUCUAGCAAACUCGGAAAUGAGUUUUGCCUAUUCACAAACUAUGAUCCAGAAAUGAGAUUAGGAGGGUGGGAGCAAGAGCAAUAGGUUCAUUUUUCUGAGUCUGCAGACCAAAAGUAAACUUGAAUCAGAAUAUGGGAUUGAAAAUUCAAGUUUGGUUUAGAUUUCUACGAUUGUGAAAGUAUGGACCACAAAUUGAAUGAUGAGGUUGUUUUAACUGCAGCAAUGAUGAUGGAGGGAGCUUUUUCAUUUGUAAGUUUCAAUAAAUGGAAAACUCUAGCUAACACUAAUCUGUUGGCUGUUGCCAAUGCUUAUCUUCUAAGUAAGCUACAAAUCAAAGGUCUUUUUUUUUUUUUUUUUUUUUUUUUUUCAUGGUUUGUGCAAAAUUUAUAUUCAAUUUUGGACCUGUAAAUUAUUCUAGUUAUAAAUUGUGAGUUGUAAGAUUAUGGGAUUGUAUUUAUUUUGGACAAUUAGUUUUGUUUUACA